CCUUCCAGGUUAGCGCGCCCCGGGGGACCCCAGAGGGAAGGCCGGGCGUCUGCGGCCGGGGAAGCGGGUCUGCUGCCUGGAGCUCUGUGAGGCUGACGACGCAGGAGGAGGACUCGGUGUUCUGGGUCAAGCUUUGGCGGGCUACAGGUGCAGCAUGUCUCGUCUGGGCGCCCUGGGCGGCGCCCGUGCCGGGCUGGGGCUGUUGCUGGGCGCCGCCGCCGGCUUGGGAGUCCUGUGCGUCCUUUACAGCCAGCGGUGGAGACGGACUCAUCGCCACGGCCGGAGACAGAGCCUGCCCAACUCCCUGGACUACGUACGGACGACAGAGCCCGGACGCCAGGCAGUGCUGUUGCGGGCCGUCCCGGGUGAGGCCGGAGAUGCUGCGGUGCUGCCCAGCCUUGCCCAGGAAGGGCAGGAGAAGGUGCUGGACCGCCUGGACUUUGUGCUGAACAGCCUGGUGGCGCUGCGGCGGGAGGUGGAGGAGCUAAGGAGCAGCCUGCAGGGGCUCGCCGGGGAGAUCGUGGGGGAGGUCCGAUCGCACAUAGAAGAGACUCAGAGAGUGGCUCGGCGACGAAGGUUCCCAUUUGCCCGGGAGAGAAGCGACUCCACUGGCUCCAGCUCUGUCUACUUCACGGCCUCCUCGGGAGCCACGUUCACUGAUGCGGAGAGUGAAGGCGGUUACACAACAGCCAAUGCUGAGUCUGACUACGAGCGGGACUCUGACAAGGAGAGUGAGGCUGGGGAAGAUGAAGUGAGCUGUGAGACUGUGCAGAUGGGCAGAAGGGACUCACUGGACCUCGAGCUGGAGCCGGAGGCGGCGGCUGCUCUGGGCGCUGCUGGUGACUCCUCGGACCUGGGCGACCUGGUGCCACUGCUGCAGCAGGUGGACCAGCUGCACCUGGGCAGCGGCCCCGACAAGCAGGAGGCCUUCCAGCUGCUGCUCAACAACAAGCUAACGUAUGGAAACCGGCAGGAUUUUCUGUGGCGCCUGGCUCGGGCCUACAGUGACAUGUGUGAGCUCACCGAGGAGGUGAAUGAGAAGAAGUCCUAUGCCCUGAAUGGGAGAGAAGCAGCAGAGGCCGCACUGGAGAAGGGGAAUGAGUGUGCCGAGUGUCACCAGUGGUACGCGGUGCUUGCUGGGCAGCUGGCUGAGCAUGAGAGCAUCCAGCGGCGCGUCCAGAGUGGCUUUAGCUUCAAGGAACAUGUGGAUAAAGCCAUUGCUCUGCAGCCGGAAAAUCCUAUGGCUCACUUCCUUCUGGGCAGGUGGUGCUACCAGGUCUCUCACCUAAGCUGGCUAGAAAAAAAAACUGCUGCAGCUUUGUUUGAAAAUCCGCCCAGUGCCACGGUGCAGGAGGCCCUCCACUGCUUCCUAAAGGUUGAAGAAUUACAGCCAGGAUUUUCCAAAGCAGGAAGGGUAUAUAUUUCCAAGUGCUGCCGAGAACUAGGGAAAAACUCUGAAGCUAGACGGUGGAUGAAACUGGCCCUGGAGCUGCCAGAUGUCACCAAGGAGGAUUCAGCUUUCCAGAAGGACCUGGAAGAACUAGAAGUAAUUUUAGGAGAGUAAUCACACUUCAAGGGCCUUAUGGCUUAAGGGAAAACAAGAAAAUCAAGGCCUUUUGCCCUCAGACCCAGCUGAGAUCAGGGAACCCACUGACACAGGAUUAAGGUGGGUCUUGACUGCUGAGUGCAACCCACUGCCAUUCCCCAGUUUGUUAAAAUCUGUCUAAUCAGACACUGGGGGAGUACCUGUGGCCUCGUUUCUGUUCUCUCCCUUAAGUGAAUUCUUGAAAAAUCAAGUUAGUUGGGGCCCUUCGAAGACUGCUUGAGCUUUUCCAGUUGCUGGUGAGAUGGAUGAGCUAAUGGAACAAAGCACAGAAGGCAUCGCCACUCUAAUCUUUUUUGCUGAUGAAUACUUAACACCUAAGACCAUACCCUACUCACCAGGGCAAACAAUGUCAGGAGCAGGCCUGAGACAGUGUUCUCAGCGCAUGCGUUCUACCUGUAUUCCUCAGCUGAGGGGCUGCAGUUCCAAAGUCUUAGCAGUUUUUGGAUUAUGAAGUUGGCAAAGAGUUUGAUACUGUGAAAUGAUGACUUAAAGAGUUACCUAGAAUAUAUUUUGGUACAAAUUUAAAUAUAAUGAUUUUUAAUCAAGUUUAUGUUGUUUCAUUUACCUCCUUCUAUGGUUCAUUGCAGACAGGCAGAAAAUUUUAGUAGAUUUAAGACAUAGGCACGGCUUCUCCACCCCUCACAUUCGUUCCCAGGGCCAACAGUAAAAAUGACCAAAGAAAGUGUGUUACUAAGAACUAGCCUUUCACGCCGACUUUGUCACACCACCUGGAGUAUUUUAUGGAACAAAACCAGAAAGAUCCGAGACAUACUCAAGUUUUGGCUGAGAGCUGGACUGGAAGUCCUAACCAAUAAAGGCAAUAAAACUGGACAGAAG